UAGGAUCUCGAUAAUUCGACCAUACCGACCUCUGUCUACCAAAGAUUCGAGCACACAUCUACGCUUUCAGCCUACGUCUAUUAGAAUCCUCGAGCUUUUGGAUUACCCUACAAAGCCAAGUUGCCAAGAUACAAUGAAGCGCAAGAUUGACGACUUGCGAGAAGACAAGCCUCCGAUUGCCUUGCCAAACACCGAUACCAAAUCAUCAUCAAAAGACACCUCUUUUACCGAUUAUGAGCUCGAUUCGCGCCUCUUGACUGCCAUUGCAGGCCAAAGCUUCCAUAAACCGACCAAGCCGCAAGCUUUAGCAAUUCCCCAAAUCCUAGAUGGCAAGUCCUUGGUGCUUCGCGCAAAGACCGGCUCGGGUAAAACGCUGUGCUAUCUAUUACCGGUUAUAGAAAGCAUACUCAGAAGCAAGGGGAAUUCUCAGUCUUCGACGUCGGCUCUGGUGCUCGUUCCUACUCGUGAGCUAGCCGAUCAAGUCUUGCGCACCAUCGAAACGUUUACUGCAUACUGUCAAAAAGAUGUCCGAGCGAUCAAGCUCUCUGAGCAAGUCCCUGAUGAGGUAGUUCGGUCAAUGCUUGCCUCCACACCUCAUAUUGUUGUAGCCACACCAUCACGAGCCUGCUCAAGCAUCAAACUUUCUCCGUGGCUUUCUAAUCUAAAGGUACUUGUUAUCGACGAAUCAGAUCUUAUCUCAUCAUACGGUUAUGACGAGGACCUCACUACACUAUCCGCCUCAAUACCCAAGGGCGUGCAGACUGUUUUAACCUCUGCUACGCUCAGCAGUGAUGUCGAUCAUGUGAAGAACCGGUUUUGCAAAAACCCAGUUGUACUGGAUUUAAAUGAGCCCGAUGCUGAAGGGGAGGGUAUCACGCAAUAUUUCGUUGAAUGUGGCGAAGACGACAAAUUUCUUCUGAUAUACGUCCUACUCAAGCUCAAGCUCAUCCGCGGUAAAUGCUUAAUUUUCGUUGCCGACGAUGUAGACAGAUCAUAUCGGCUGAAGCUAUAUCUCGAACAAUUUGGCAUUCGAUCAGCCGUAUUAAAUUCCCAGCUUCCUAUUGCGUCGCGGGUCCACACUGUGCAACAGUUCAACCAGGGUUUAUUUGACAUAUUGAUAUCGUCGGAUGAGAUGGAGGUACUGGGAGAUGAGGCUGACCCAGUAGCUGAAAAUGAUGACACUGCAACAAACCCUGCCCUCGAUGACCAAACUUCAGCCGAUCAACUGGACAGCAAAACUACCCCGACCGCACCACCCAAGAAGAAGCGAAAAUCUUCACGACGGGAUAAGGACUAUGGUGUAUCGAGAGGCAUUGACUUUAGGAAUGUGGCUAUCGUGGUAAACUUCGAUUGCCCAACAACCGCCCGCAGCUAUGCCCAUCGUAUAGGUAGAACAGCGCGGGCAGGACAAACUGGGACCUCCUUAACUAUGGUUGUACCCUCUGAGAAGUUUCGCAAGCAUAUUCCAACAAGCACACCGUCUGCGGAGAACGAUGAGAAGACAUUAUCGAAGAUCAAGAAGCAGCAAGUUGCGAGUGGUAAAGAAUUAAAACCCUGGCACUUUGACUGGAAGACAUUAGAGGGUUUCCGAUAUCGUGUCAACGAUGCCAUCCGUGCAGUAACCAAGGUUGCCGUGAGAGAAGCACGAAUGCGAGAGAUUCGUCAAGAACUUUUAAAGAGUGAUAAACUUCAGCGACGCUUCGAGGAGAAUCCGGCAGAGUUACAUGCUCUACGACAUGACGGGCAACUUCGCUCUGCCCGUACCCAACCCCAUCUGAAAGAUGUUCCUGACUACCUCCUUCCAGAAGGAAAGAAAACCCUAACCGCAAAUGACGUUGGGUUCGUACCUAUGAAGAAGGCAGAUGGAAAGAAUAGGAAAGGACGGAUCUUCAAAGGCAAAGGGAAACGUAGUGGUGGCCGGAAGAUAGACCCUUUGAGAUCCUUCAAAGCCCGGCCUAAAGCAAAGUAGAUGUAGCUUGAGAUGAAAUAUAGGCUUAAUUCUUGUUUUUUGCAAUAACAAGAAACUGGUGAGGUUCGUGCUGUAGAGAUAGGAUUACAUAAAUCCAUUAGGAACAUUAGGAAAGCAGGGGUUUCUUGUCUUCUCAAUCCUACAAGGAUUAAAUCCAUGAACUAAGGAACAGGAGACCCAGCGGAUUCAUAGCUACUACAAACAAGAUCGAUAUCUGCAGUUAGCUCAUGUAACUGCUUCAAUCCUCGUUCA